CUUCCAGAGAGAGAGGUGAGUUAACGCGAAGGUUAUUUUACAUUAGGGAACAAUUGUUUUGGAGCAAAAACACCGCCGUGAGAAUAGCUAGAAAGCAAAAGAGAGGCUUUUGUUUUCUGGCUAAAAGGAGCGUAAUCUUCUUCCACACAUUACUGGAGGCGAGGCAUCAUGGGGAAGCACAACAGCAAGCUGGCUCCAGAGGUCCUGGAUGACCUGACCAAAAACACUGAAUUCAAUGAGGCAGAGCUCAAGCAGUGGUACAAGGGCUUCCUUAAAGACUGUCCUUCAGGCAUUCUAAACUUGGAGGAGUUUCAGCAGCUCUAUGUCAAGUUUUUCCCAUAUGGUGAUGCUUCCAAGUUCGCUCAGCAUGCGUUUCGGACGUUUGACAAAAAUGGCGAUGGGACCAUCGACUUCAGAGAGUUCAUUUGCGCCCUGUCCAUCACCUCCAGGGGCAGCUUUGAGCAGAAACUGAACUGGGCCUUCAACAUGUAUGAUCUGGAUGGAGAUGGAAAGAUCACACGCAUGGAGAUGCUUGAGAUCAUCGAGGCCAUCUACAAGAUGGUGGGCACAGUGAUUAUGAUGCGUAUGAACGAGGACGGCCUAACCCCUCAGCAGCGCGUAGACAAGAUCUUCUCCAAGAUGGACAAAGACCAAAAUGAUGAGAUCACCUUGGAAGAGUUUAAAGAGGCGGCCAAAUCUGACCCUUCCAUUGUCCUACUGCUGCAGUGUGACAUGCAGAAGUAGACUGGGAGGGGUGGAGAAACAGAGUGAGGGUAAUAGAGUUGAACUGAAACUAGAGAAGGAAGGAGGCUGAGAAGAGUGAAGUAGGAGGAGAAAGGGAGGGAUGCUGCUAGAGAGAGGAGGACUAGGAGGAGAGAGGCAGGGAAUCUCCCCCCCCCUUUUUUUCUGAGGCAGUGAUGACUGGAAAUGAGCCAUGUUUGGAACAUGGAGGCCCCCUGAUUGAUGCCAUUCUUUUAUCCAGGUUGCCCUGCUGUGCAACACUCCUGCAGUACUUCUGCUUCAGUCCAGCUGAGUGUCUUUAUAAAUUCAGCCUGAUCUGUGGGAAGUGGAAAUCCCUUCAGCUCUGUUUAGCACAGAUCAAAGAAAUAAAACAGAAAUUUAUGGAGGAAAUAUGUAGAAGUGUCACUCAGGCGUUCACGCUGUCACGCUCUGUGUGUGAGAUUACAAGGCUGCAGCAUGACUGAAGUGCAUAGAUCAGCUAUCUCUUUUGAACAUGACCUUUUGCUUGUGUACCAUGGAUGGUUCAUCUACCUUUUUCAAGACUUUAAUCUUACAAGAUGUAAAUGUAAAGCAGCUUACUUCCAAAUUAUAUAAGCUAACAGAUAAGCCUUAGAUGGAAAGAUUGAUGUCACUCUCAUGUAUGUCCGUUCAAUAGGAGAUGCUAGCUUAGCUUAUCACAUAGACUGAUAACAGGGGAAACAGCUAUCCUGGCUCUUUUCAAGGGUAACACUUAGAAUAACACACUAAUUAGCACACUGGUUAAUAUGUAUUUUAAAUGUGUGCAAAUUGAAUAGUACAACUUGCAGUUUUACAGUGGGUUUUGUUGAGUCUUGAAUGAACAUUAAGCAUGACUAAUGUGGAGGAUUCGGGAAUAUUUAGCAUGAAUAUCCAAACAUUAACAUUAAAUAGAGUCCACUAACAUCACCAACACAGAGUACAAUACAAACUCCACAUUAGUAUAACGAAACCUAAACUAAAGUGACUUAUUUUGGUAGUGACAACAUUUGCAAGCAAGCGAGCUAUAGUUAACUAACUAGCUGCUAAGUUGCAUCUUGAGUAUAAAAACACAUGUACAACUAAUACUUGCCUUCUGCAGUAAUGAUUAACAUGAGGGUGGUUAGCUACACAAGACGGCUUUGGUUUCCAAGUCAUGUCCAAGUCUUGGAAACCAAAGUGUUACUGUAAUUAUAAUGAUACUCUCAUGUACAACAGUACAUAGUAGCACACAAUAAUGCAGGACCAGCUCAUGUAUGUCCCUUUACUGUUUUGUCUGAUUCUAGCAUGAGCACCCACCUCUCAGUGGUGGUUCUGUGUUAGCCGUAGGUGCAGAUGUGUGUCUUUCUGUGUUAGCUCUGUGAUAGUCUAUGAACCUGUCAGGGGUGUACCCUUGCCUUCCGCCAUAUAACAACUGGGAUAGGCAUCAGACUCCCAUUACCCUCAACUGGAUAAGUGGUUAAGAAAGUUCAUGAAAUAAAUGAUAAUUUUACUAAAAAAAAUAAAUAAAUAAAUUAAAUGUUGCUUUAAUAUCUAAUUGGAUCCCAAUGUAAUCUCUGCCAUCAGGAAUGCUCAGUAUUUUAGAUGAUGUUCUUUUUUAAAGAAACAAAACAAAACAGGAUUGUAUUAACCCACCAAGGCCCUGUUGUAUGUGUGUACUUAUUAGGAGUGAAUACACUUUGUAAAGCCAGGUCAGACUGCCCUGUCUGAAGGUACUUGUUUCUGUAAGAACACGCUGUGGCAGUCAUUAGUUCCUUUACAGCCAAAUGCACAGCCAGUUAUAUGUCGCUUACGGAGAGCAGUUCUGCUUCAUUACAGCACGCUGUCCACAUGCUUUACUCUAAAUAUGAGGCAGGGAGGUGAUGAAUGUCUCAGCUGGCUGCCACCAGCAGCAUGGUGAGGCAUACUGAUGUCCUGCUCAGUGACUUGUGGCUGCGCCUCUGGCUUUUUGACAUUUGAUUAAAAAAAUCAAUAUGUAAUCAAAAUGGUUACAUAUAUUAUGUUUUCAUAAUAAGACUUGUAAUCAAGUUAAAUUGAAUCUUCUCUUCCAGAUAAUAUAUUCAGAGCUUUUUUGAGCAGGUGCUCCCAUCAUGGCUCACUUGAUAAUUACUUUAUGCAACAACGCCUCGAAAGUCUGAAAGUUACAUCAGCUUGCCAUUAACGCCACCAUGUGUAGUUGUAUAGUAUGUAUAGUUUCUAUUAGCUCUCUGAUGGCAAGGGUUUUUUAUUGCCAAAAAUAUGGAUGUGCUCUUUUCAGCCUACAUUUUAGUGUUAAUUUCUCUAUAAUAAUCAAUCUUAGUGACUAAAUAAGUUACGAUCACUGUUUGAAUGCAGAAAAUAACUUCCUCUGCAUUAUUUUGAGAGUAAAAAAAUCCAAAACCUUACCCGUUUAAUCAGGACUGCUUGGAUUUGCUUUGUUCAGUUAUGGUUAACAGUAGAUUGGCAACAUAAACUAAAAGCACCCUGAGAAAAACAGCUAUAAAAGGCCGCUAUUUAAUUUUGAACAUGCAAAUUUGGGUAUUUAUUUCAUUAAAAGGUUUAAUUUAAGUUUCUGUUAAGCUGUUAGAUCUGGUUUGUGUGCACUGUUUUGUGUAGUAGAGGAAAGAAAGAGCAAAAGUGAAGUAACUGAAAAAAAGGUAAUUUGAUAUGUUACUUCAGACUGACUAUGAAGUCAAACUCAGCCAAAAAUCUGGGACAUGGGCGCCUGGGUGGCUUAGUGGUGCAGCCAGCGACCACAUACACACGCCGCGUUGCGGUCCGGGUGGUGCGGGUUUGCGUCCCGGCCCGUCGCCGAUUUGCCCGCGUGUCUUCCCCUGUAUCUUUCCCCCGUUUCCUGUCUCUCUCCACUGUCACGAAAAGCCGCGGUGGGAAAAAGUGCAAAAAAAUAAAUAAAUCUGGGACAUUAGCUGCACAUCAGCCAAUGUAUCACCUGAUGCCCUUCUACACGUCCUAUUGUCCAAGUUCCUUUAGUCUGCUUUCUGUUGCUGCUACCUUUGCAAGCUGCUUUGCAACCCACCUAUAGCCCAACACUGAUGCCGUGUCUUAUUUCAGUGUCACAUGCUUUGUUCUGUACCGAGGGUCUUGUUGCUGCUCUCCACCUACUGUAUAGUAGGUGGGUGAUCCUAGAAAAGAGCCCUACAGCUAAAUAUAAUUUACUCUAGAUUGCAAUAAUCUAUGACUAAAAUAGUCCCGACCGAAAUAACGAAAACAUGCAUUCUAAUAUAAAUCUUGCUUUUCUAAGACCAGCAAUUUGAGCCACAGGAGGAUCGAGUGUAGCAGCAUGGAUCGGGAUAAUCAGGACAGUAAUUGCAGGCCUUAUGACACAAACAGUAUUUCUCAGAAAGGCCAAACCUGCCUCCAUGAUUCACUGUUGUUUCACAUGAAAAGCUGAAACGGGCACCCCCCCCCCCCCCC